AACCACAAUCUCUUGAGUGUCUGUCACCAAGGCAUUGGAUGGCAAGCUGAUUAAAGAGCAACACCAAAAGUGCUUACUGAGCCUUCAGUUUCAUUUUUCAUCUGAUGAAUUACUAGCAGGCUAAGCCGAGUUUGAACCACAGACCCCACCCCCUUGAGGGUGCAGCUAAGUGACAAGAUGAUUUAUUUUGAGGAUGGCAAGUGGUUAAAUGAAAACAGUUCUUUACCUGUACAGCCCUCUUCCACCUCCUCCUCCCAACAGAAAAAGCUUAACCAAAGCCUUUGGAAGGAGAAUCAGAUCCUCCGGGAGGAGAAUCAUGUCCUUCGUCAGGAAAACAGGGCUUGUCGUGUGGAGAACAAGGCCUUCCACCAAGAGAAUCAAACCAUUCGAGAAGAAAAUAAGAUCCUCUGGGAGGAGAACAAGAUCUUCCAGGAGAGGAAAAAAAACUUAGAGAAACAAAGUGUUCUUGAAAAGCAGGAAAAUGCCCUCCGAAAACAAAACAAGGCCCUUCGGGAAGAGAUUAUAGCUCUGAAAAAGCAAGAAAUAGCCUUUGCAAUGGAGGAAAAAGCACUUCAGCACGAAAUUAUGGCCUUGUGGGAAGAGAACAAGGCCUUCCAAGAGCAGAUCAAGGUUCUCCAUAAGGAUGACAAAGCCCUCCGUGAAGAGGAAAAGGCACUUCGUGAGGAGAAAAUUGCACUCCAUGAGGAGAAACUAUCUAUCCAGGAGGAGUACAAAGCUCUUACGGAGGAGAAUACUGCCCUCAAUAAUGAGAAGAAAGCCCUGCUGGAGGAAAACAAAGCCCUUCAGGACUUGAACAAAGCCCUCUGUGGGGGGGAAUAGAACAAUUUAGGGAAAAAAAGACUUUGGCAGGAGGAAGAAGGAGGACAAAGUUGUAGCCAGAGGUUAUGGGCCAGUUUGUAGACUAAGAAAGCAAUGUAAGCACAAGGGUAAAAACUGGGUGUUUGGCUUAGUGUUGAGACAUUGUAAUUUCAGUUGUGU